AUGAUAUACAAUCACACGACAAUUACAAAUGACAAUCUAUAACAAAAGCAAAAUAACUGGAAUUUCUUUCUUACUAAAUUUACAUGCAGAGGAAAAAUAUCGAGAUAUUAAUGACACGGAUGGCACGUUAUUCAAUUACGUCUUCGUCACUUAAUGAAAAACAAACGUAUAACGAUCUUAAAAUAAUGUUAAGGAAUAAUUUAAUAGAUUAUUUCAAAACUCACAAAUGUACCAAAUCAUUUAUACGAGAUGUUAAACAAUAUUAUAAGAUAACUUAUAAUCAGAAAAUCGAAUCAUUCAGUAUAAAUAUAAGCGAAGAUACUACGAAAGAAAUAUCGAAUUUCAUAUUUUAUGCAAUGGAAAAAAAUUCAAGCAACGAGUAUUUACUAGAUUUUAUGAAACUAUUGAUCAGUCACAAAGAAUUAUGUGAAUACGAUAUUUUCAAAAUUCUAUUAUUAAUACAAAAUUACUUUACUGAAUAUAACUUUGACAAUCGUCGAAGUUUAACAAUCGAUUAUAUAAAAGAAAAUAGGACUAUAAAUUUUGAUUCAAAAUUAAGUAACACAAUAUCUUCAAGAAGCUUACAUUUUGAAAAUAACCAGUGUGAUGAAAUUAAAAAUCUUGUACUUAACUUAGCAGGUAAUAUUUGUAAAUUUAACAACGGACUUGGAAGUGACGAAGGGAAUGCAUCAAACGGUCACGGUUCAACGAUCGAUGUUGAGGAUUGUUCUAAAUUAGCUCAAUAUUUUUCAAGCGUUUUACAGAAAUCUAAAAACUGUUAUGACCGACAUAAGUCUCCUGUACUUUUGCCUAUAACCACAUAUUUCUCAUCAGGCACAACAGAUUUGACUGGAAACGAAAAAAAUAAACAAAUAUUAAUGUCGUUGUUACAAAAAAUUGAUCAAACUAAAAACGUGGCUAAGGCAUUUACAAAACAUUGUAUAUCUAGAGAUAUCGAAAACUUUAUAAACGCCUGUGUAACAUUGAGUGAUAAUUUAAAAAAGAUAACUGAACAAAAUGAAAAUGGUCGAACUUGUCUGUGCGAAGGGAAAUGUGAAACAUGUGGUUGCGUUCAUAGUGAUGAAGAAAGCAAAGAUGAUAGUAAGGAUGACGUUGACAAAGAUAUUAAGGCAGAUGAUAUUGUAAAAGAGGAAAUAGAAACAGAAUCGAAACAGAAGAGCGAAUCGAAUAUUGAGAAAAACAAUAUUUCAGCAGAGAGUUCAGGUGGAUACUUCGAAAGGAAAGUUAAGACUUCAAAAAUUAAACGAUUUACCAACAGUGAUGGUACCGUACGGGAGGAAAUAGAAACUACUAUUGUAACAGAGAAAAUACACGAUCCCGUUGGAGAUAUUGUUGAUAUAGAUCGAGAUGAUGACAUAGAUCUAGAAGAAGAAGAAGUACUAAAUUGAUUUGAAUUCCCUACAACCAUUUUUACAAAUGUAACUUGUGUAGGUAAAAUAAAAUGCAACAUAUUAAUAUAUAAAAAUUGUAUAACAUUGCGUUAUUGCCGAGAAAUAUAUACAAAAAUAAACUAUAAUUCCUCUUAUUCCUUUUGGAGAAAGCAGAUAUUAAAUUAGUUGAAUAAAACAUAACAAUUCGUUUAGUGAUUUUCUUUGUAAGUAUUUUUUUAUUUA